ACUCAAACCAGACUCCAAGCGCCGAGACUGCCAAUUGUCUUUCAAAUACUUGUCCGUGAGAGUGGCCAGAAAAAAGACUCGUAGCAGGCACUUCCAUUGCUUCUUGGUCAAGUAUGGCUCACAUACACGAGGGGGCGCAUGGCGCCGAUGACAAACAGCCCACCGAGUACAGCACGCCAGCUAGAUCGUCCACGAUGGAGCCAAGGGGCGGGCCAUCUCAUCAGGAGCAGGAAGAAUACGAUAUCGAAACGGUCGAGAGGGUCUACAGGAAACUCGACCUUCGAAUCAUUCCAGCAUUCUGGACGCUCUACUUUCUCUGCUCGGCCAUCAGGUCCAACAUUGGUAUCGCGCAGACCAUGAAUGCCGCCCAGGGCCAUGACUUGAUGUCCGUCCUUGGUUUGACAGCCAAAGACACCUCGACCGCUUUGGCUCUUUUCUACGUGGCCUAUGUCAUCUUCGACUGCCCCUCCAACCUGGUCAUGGCCAAGCUGAGCCCUCGCAUCUGGAUGGCUCGCAUUGUCAUUGCCACUGGUAUCAUUGGAACCUGCUUCGCCGCCGUGCAGAGCGCCUGGAGUGUCAAGCUUCUGCGUUUCUUGCUCGGUGUUGUGAUUGCAGGCAUGUGGCCUGGAAUGUCGUACUACCUCACCUUGUUCUACCCGCCUUCUCGAACGGGUAAGCGAAUCGGCAUGUACUUCACUGCUGCCCAGCUCUCUGCUGCUGUGGUCGGCCUUGUGUCUGCUGGCUUUCAACUCAUGGAUGGUUUGGGAGGCCUCGUUGGUUUCCGCUGGAUGUUCCUCAUCUACGGUCUGGUAGCUGUAGUUCUUGGCUUUUGCCUCCUUUGGUGGCUUCCCGAUCGCCCUCUUCCUCCGGGACAGAAGCGCCAGCGCUCAAGCUGGUUGAAAUGGCUCCCGGCAACCCCAGAAGCCCUUUCCGGCCAGGACGCUGUUAUUCACUACAAUGACCUCCGACGGGUCUACCAUCCUAGACCCUGGACUAUGAGGGAUUUGCUGCAGGUGCUGAUCGAUUGGCGUCUAUGGCCUUUGACAUUCAUGUACUUUGGCGUCGUUGGUGUUGGAAUCGGUACUCAACUUUAUGGAUCUGUCAUCAUCCGCUCCAUUGUGCCUACGGCAACGAGCAUCCAAGUCAGCUUACUCUUUGCUCCAAUCUGGAUCAUGGACUUGAUUGCGAUUCUUAUCAUGAUGCCGAUUUCAGACCGAUUCCACGGCUACCGACCUUUCAUCUUCUCAGCUGCGGUCUGCCUUCAGAUCGCCGGUCUGCUCGUCGUAACCUUUGCCCUCGACAACGGAUGGGCCCGGUACGGCGGUCUUCUGAUGGUCGGCUUUGGCCUCGGCCCCACCGUCCCCAACUGCAUGACAUGGACGAACGAGAUCUUCCAACGCCGCCACGGCGAGGUCGGUGUUGCAGCUGCGACUGCCCUGGUGUCCGGCCUUGGCAACCUUGGAAGCAUUGUCACGACCUACGCUCUGUACACCGGAUGGCCAGAGGAUGCCGCCAAGGGUCGGUAUCAGUACCGUCGCAGUAACUACGCAAUGAUCGGCAUCCUUUGCGUGAGCAUCGUUAGCAGCUUCGCCAUGUUCUUCCUGCUCAAGGUCUUCGGCAACAAGCCGGUGAGCAAGAUCUCGAACCUCGACUCCUCUAGUGAGAUUGAGGACGGCGCUGCAAGACGCGAGGCCCGGCAGCGAGGCUUUGGAAAGUUGUUUCCCCGUUCCAACCAAAACCAGGACGCCUGAAUGGGUCUCCAUCUUGGGGCGUUGAGCCGACAACCACCCGGAACAUACGCUGCUCCGGAAGCUUCAACAACCGCCUGUGGCUCCUACCCGACAACUUACACAACGCCCCGUCUGCGACGCAGCUCAACCUGCUGUUAUCUUCUUGUGCUAAUUACACGCAUUCCGUUUUAAUACAUUUU